CAUCGACCACGCACCCGGCACGGUACUUUCAGUUUCGUUUGGCGGCGGUACCGCGAGUCAAGUUAUUUCGUUAAUUUUUUUUGGCAAAUUAGAUGCCACUGAAAACAUCGCGAGAUUUGUAUUCGUUUUUAUAUUUGGUUUUAUUUUGAAAUUUAAUUUUACAUAGAAUGGUGAAUGAAAUUGAAGUACCUAUUGGAUAUUUGCUAUUUGGAAGUACCCUAAGGGUGUAGCUAAUAGGAUUAUUCAAAGAAGAUGUUCUCCGAAACUAUUUCCUCUAAAUUUGUGGACGAUCUCACCAAAAAAUGACCCGAUGGGCUCAACCUCCAAGACAACCUCCGCCGGAUCCUCCUGACCCUAGCGCUGUAACCGACGAUCCCCUUGCAGCGCUAGGGUUAAGCACCUCGAGAAUCAAAGGGGCUCGAAGUAAAGGGCAAGUUUACGCUGUUAACCGGAUUAAUCCUCUAUUUAAUCCAGAGUUUCCUACAAGGCCUCGUUCACCGCCAUCAGGUUGUGAAACUACUACUCAUCCUUUAUCAGAUAGACAAGUGAAAACGAAAAAACGCCGAAAUCAUUCAGAUUUUAGUCCGCAAAGAGAAAAAACGCCUGAAAUCGACUACGAUGACGAAUCACCGACGAGUAGCUCGGACUAUAAGUUUCGCGAAACAUCCCUCGUUUCCGGCGACAGUCGUAAAGUGUCGUUACAAAGCCGUAUGAAAUCUGUUAGUUCCGGUUACGGGGGUAGCAGUUUGGACAAUGAUCGAUUGCAAUUGGUGGAGGAAGCUGGAGCCGUUCUUGAACAUAAUCCUGCAUUUGUAAGGUCGAUUAGGAUUGCUGGAAGAGGACUUAAAACAACGAAAUCAGUGCCAUCUCAACAUUCUUCUUCUUCCGCUGGUGGGACUCUUACAACGAUACCAGAAGGAAGAGUGGAUCUACCAGUACCUCAACCAAUCUGGCCAGGUCCUUUGGAUCACAGAGGUUUGGUCAAUAAUUACAAUUACGAUUCCUUGGUAGACGAAGCCUUGCUUCUUUAUACUAGCCUCAAUAACCAUAAUCAAUUAUCAGAUAGCCAUGCCAAACUGGAUCAAUAUUUAGAUAUAUCUGUCAAAGAUCUUUUGUUGGAUCUUUUGGCCAGUAUAAAUCAAACUUUGGAAGGCAAAACUGGAACUCCUGAAGAAAUGCUUAAAAUCAUCAACGAUAAAAUUAAGCUGAAACUAGAAGCGUUGAAAAAUAAUACUGAAGAAGAAAUGAGAAAGCUUUGCAUUAAUUUGAGUAAUAGUCGAAAAAUGAAUUCGGUUUUAAGAGCAUUUAGUCAAAGCUCGUCAAGUGGCCACUCGUCGUCGAGUGGUCGCGUGGUCUCGAGUUCCAACGACGAAGACAUUUACCACAUUCCUUCGGGAUCCUCCAGUAGCGGAUUUAGUGAUAGUCCUCCUGGACAUAGGAGGCCUACUACUCCGUUGUUGCCACAUUUGUAUGGACGUAAACCAUCAAUUUUACCGCCAUUCUGUUGCGACCAUGACGCGUCAACCUUAUCAAGGGGCAUCAGAAAUGCCUUAAUCUAUGGUACAUUGUGCAGACAAAAAAUGACAACGUCGCUGGACCAAAAACCUAUUGAUUUCAAGAAACCCAACGACCAAGUUGCAGCUACAAGUGAAAAUUGUGACAAAAUUACGAGUAAAGACGCUGCGGAAAAUAAUAGUGUGAGAAGUAAACAGAAUUGUUUAACAAAUAGUUUUAACUGUGAUAAGGUGAAGGGUGGUAGUGUGCCCAGAGGGCAAAGGGAUGAAAGACCUAGUGUUUGGCAGUUGUAUUAUGGAAUGAAGGCCGAGGGCACCAAACGGUAUGGAGAGGGAAAACCUACGGAUGUACCUGUUUUUCCUGGAGGUCGUCCCGAAGCUGAUUUCACCCUAGACGUGCCACGUUCCGAGUUGCUCUCGAAACGAUUACGCGAAGACAAAAAAUGGAGGUUUCGGUGCCGCGUUCUCACCUCCUUUUUGGGCUUGGUCUUUUUUCUACUGUCAGUAAUGGCAGUCAGUUUGAUCCUGACCAGAGGCAAAAGGAUGUUUGGGAGCAUGAUGUAAAUUAUCUGCUGUUUUGAUUUAAAUUUUACCAAUGAAUAUUUAACCAAUUGAAAAUUUUUUACUUUAAAAUUCUUGCAUGUAAUUUUGUAUUUAUUAAUUUUCAUUAUAGUUAUUUAUGUUAAUUUCCUAUUGCAAUUUCCGACGAAGUUGCCACUGCCAUGAUGUCAAUAUUUCAAUGACCCGUCUUUUUUUUUUAUAUUACUUGACGGUUUUGCUGUAUUAUAAUAUACCAUUUUUGUGAUUUUUAUUUUUAGUUUUUAAGUAUUUAUUAGUCAGAACAGUAUUUAUAAUAAAUUGAUUAACGAAAAGUGAA